ACGACAGGUUGAACUUCAACUUCAACUGUCACGUCUCCAUCUGAAUAUAGCCAACCAUCACUUCCGACACAAAUAUACCACGAUGCCUGUUCGCUAUGUCGUUUACAUGCCAGAUAACCCCAGCGCUCAGUGUUAUCCGUUCUAUGUGCCAGAGGGGGCGGAAGUAGCAGACUUGAAAGCGGCGAUUCGUGGCUCUCCAGAUUACAGGCGAACCUUGGAAAACGAGAACAUUAUUCUUCUCAAGUGUGGCGAGUUGUCCAUGGAACCAGAAAACACACUUCUCAAUCGUGCUACCGAGUGGCUUCGCGAGCAUUCCAGCGGUUCAAAGAUGACACCCGCACAUCGCCUUAAGCGAUAUUUCCCCAGAGGUCCCGCGCCUGAGGAUCAUGAGAAGAUAGACAUUGUCGUCGUGACCGAUUCCAUUUUGGAAGCUGGUGACAAGUUGCCGGGCCUUGACAUUGCCCCUUCUAAUUUAAUUCAAAUGUCCGUCCGGAGGGCAGCCGAUGUCAGGGACAUUAGAUCGCCAUCGGAGAUCAGCAAAGAUAUCAAGCUACUUAAGGACAACUCUGGGUCUGUGCGUGGUGAUCUAUACAUUCACAGGCCAGCUCGUAACUAUGGUCCACAUACUUCGCUGUUCCACCACGCCUUUGCCAGGCUCAAACAUCGUCUAGACCGUCUCGACGAUCCCACGAUUUGGCAGCCUGACUUGGAGCCAAGUUCUGAGCUGCUGGGGCUUUGCCAUAGCUUCAUUUCGGGCUCCGCUGAAUUAUACGACAAUGAACCGCAAAGAAGGGUCCUUUUAAAGCCUUUCUUCGAGAGUGUUUUACUAGAUCAUGGCAGUUACGAAACCAAAUUGGACGAUCGUGGGGGUAUAGCAGAUGCAACUUGGGGUGAUCCGCUUAUAGUCAUCCGCGAAGACAAGAACGAGCCAGGCGUGGGAGGGGACAGUUCUUUACAAGGCUGGGUAUAUUUUAGGAAAGCUGUCGCUCAGGAAUCGUACAAGCCAUAUGUUCAGAGGUCUAAUUGCCCCGUUGUCAUUAUCGGCGUCACGGGCUCCCGUGUUGAAAUAUCGACUGCUAUGUUUAUCGGCGGAGUCUACAUGGAUAAGCUAAUUUCUCAAGAUCUGUACAUCGACGCAUUCCAAGCAAAGAUGGUCCUACAUGUAGGCCGCAUGUGUCAGGCCCUACGCCUCUGCUACAAUGACUUGAAGGAAUAUUAUAGAGCGCUUGACCUAAAAGCGGCACCAACUACUGGACACCUGUAUCCCAGCCCGCUUCCCGCUAGAGAUUAUGAUACUAUUCCAGCCCUUAAGUACAUGUGCAAACUAUCACAUGGCGGACAAUGCAUCCAAGUCAUGCAGGAGGAGCGCAGAGAGGAAGCAGACGCCGAAAGACCCUACGCUAUAUACCGAGCAAAGAUGAUUGAUUCGGAUGGCGAGGCGGAUGUCGUAGUUAAGUUUACCGCGAGGUAUAACAAAGCGGCGCAUAAACUUCUGGAAACAGAACAACUAGCUCCCAGAUUGCGGUACUUUGCUCGACUUAUCAGCGACCAUUGUAUGGUCGUGACGGACUACGUUGAGAGUCUUCCGUUAUCUGAUUGUCCGAAACAGAAGAACUACCUCGAUAUCCUUGACCGCGUUGAGAGGGCGGUGCAGUUGCUCCACAGGGGAGAUUUGGUGUUUGGAGACCUCCGUCCUCAGAAUAUCGUACUCCAUCCAAACGAAGGAGCCAUGCUGAUCGAUUUUGACUUCGCUGGAACGCAUGGUGUUGACAGGUAUCCUGCAUCUUUUGAUACUAGCAGACAUCACAGAGACGUACGCCGUCACGGCAUUAUGGAUAAGGAGCAUGAUAUCUUCAUGAUCAGCGAGCUGAGGAAGAUCCUGGAAAGGGCGAAUAAAUCAGUAUAAUUCUAUCCUUGUCGUUCCCUGUAUAUGAAUGGUGUAAUAUUCUCGGAGAUAUCUGCCAAUUUUGUAC